UAGAAGCCCGUUCAAUUCAGGAAGUUUUUUCUCUCUCUCUCUCCUCUCCUCGUUUUGUUUUUCCUGUUCACAAGGGCGGGUAUGGAUCCCACCUUGGUGUGGCUUCUCUCCCUCGCUGUCUUCAAACAGUCGGCGCUGAAUGACUGAAACUGCGGAAACCCAGCAGAACUACGAGGAGAUGUUCGCGCACAGAUUUUCCUCGGAGGAUCAGGAGUACCAGGAAUACCUGAGCCGUCCCGCAGACCCCCCGCCCAUCGUGGAAGACUGGAGGAGUCGUGGGGGAGGAAACCAAAGGGGCAAGGAUAACAGGUACCAUGACCGUCGUGGUCACAGAGGACGUGGGUGGGGAGGAGACCGGAGUUGGAGAGGAGAUGAUCGUGGACAGCAACACUGGCAUGACAGAAACCGAGACAGAGAUAGAGACAGAGACCGGCACUGGGGUCAUGGAAGUGGGUCUCAUUCAGGGCGGCCAAGCUCCAACCAGGGAUACAACUCUUAUCAGAGACCACAUCAUGAUCGCUACUGAUCUCUACUCUGAUCUCUCAGGCGUUACAAGUAUUUAUAGUAUCCAUAGUCCUUUAAUUCACAUUGUAGUACCACAUAUGGCAGCAUGCAACUGGUAUUUCUUUGAGUGAUUCAGGAUGCUAUACAUAAGCAAGGGCUGAGCAACGUAUAAACUAAAAAUUAAAAAUGCUUUUGUGUUUACCAUUGUAAUGUUGAUGCACUGAUUUACUGUCUGAAUUAAAAUACCUGGCAUAUAAAUAUGAUGGUGUAAGACUGCAGAUUUUCUGUUGGACUCGCACCUAGCUUUUUCAUAUCUAACCACAGAAAUGUUUUCCCAUAUUUGUUCACACUGCUCAGCCCUGUUGUCAUAUUUGGAGAUCUUAAUAGGAGCAUUCUGCAAUGGAGCUUGCACUGAAAAUGAUUAUUUCUCUUGGGUUUGUGGGCUUAAAAUUUCAUUAGCACAUUAUUGCUCUGAAAUUUCACAAGAACAUUCUUGUGUUUAUUUUCUGCUACAGUUUUAUAUGCUUUGAUAUAAAAUUGUUAUGAAUUAUACAGUACAGUGUAGUAACAAAAACUGAAUCUGAAUUUCAGGAGAGAAUCUGUAAGUACAGCUUUAGGUUUCUGUGUCAAACUGUUAUGUAAGGACAUAUAGACAUUAUGAACUAAUCUGCUGUCAGUAAAUGUAUUUUCUUAAGUGGUGUUUAUGAGGUAUGUAGUUUGAUAUUUAAAAAGAAAAAGAUUCUUAGUUCCAAGCAGCAGGGUAGCUGCUAAUAAAUUCUUCUUAGGGGUGUUUUGUAAGGCUGUAUCUAAAAAUUCUAACAUUUGUAAGAGGAUUGGGUCUUGGCCUUUGAUCUGUCCACAUUAAACAGUUUCUUUGUCUGCUA